AUGGAUCGACAAGGUGAAAAGCCAGAAGAGUCCCAAGGCCAAGAAAGUCGCAUGCCGCAUCUGGCCCAGGGACAGGAACAGAGAAACCCAGGGCAAACCCCACCACCACCUGGGAGCACAUCGCUGGUGUUGGCGCCGCCAGCAUUACCAUUAGCGCCGACAAUGCUGCCCUUGGGACCACAUCCGGGGUCAUCGGUUCGAGGUCGAGCGGCUCGGGGGCGGCCAAGGGGAUCAAGGGCGGCGCAGGCAGGACGAGGAGGAAGGAGGGCAGCGACUGCAGCCACAGGCAGCCAGCCAGGACCAGGGAGAGGAAGGCCAACACGAGGAAGAGUGGCAAGAGGGUCGACAAGAGGAAGACCAGCACGACCACCGGUGCCACUCUUUGCACCAACACAAGGCGUAGAGGCGCCAGUGCCAGUCCCAGUCCCAGUCCAAGUCCCUGCGCCAACCCCUGCCCCGGCCCCGACGCCAUCACCCGACCUCCUCCCCGUCCGGCUCUUCGUCCUGGCGCGGGCUCACAGGUACGCUGCCGACCCAGCCGCGGCUCCCCAGACGCUGGAGCAGGCGGUGAGCGAGUUUGUGUCGUUCUUCCCGGUCGACAUAGCCAUCGCCGAUAUCCUCACCGACGAGGUCUUGGAGGUGCUGAACCAGCUGGUUCGCCGACGGGAGGUAUCGUCUCGGGGUCCUGGCGGCGCUGGCGACUCCACUCCGACACUGCCGUUGAUUCGGGAUACGUUGGUGGAGCAGUUUCGGGAGGACCGGUUCGCUCACAGGCGCGAGCUGGAAAGGCGGGCGCGGCCAGACACGUACACCCCCUAUCGGCAGUGUAUGUGUCGCGUCUUGCCGUUGCCUUGCUGGCGGUGUGGUUAUGGCAGCUCCCACCACGAGGGUGUGUGA